UUUCCAGCGUUGCAGAUUAAGCUCCGCAGAAAGCGCUCUCCCCCCCGCUCUCUCUCACACACCCCCGCCAGCUGUAAAGCUCUCUCUUCUUCGUAUUCAAAUUUUCUAGCUUUCUCUCAAAUCCCACUUUCUUCUCUCUCACAUUUCACUAAUCAUCACUGUUUCUACAUCUGGAUUCAUCCAUUCUUCUUCUUCUUCUUCAGUUCAUUCGUUUGAUAAUCUUUCCUCUGUCGAUUUCUGGGUCUUUUCUCUUUGGUUCCAAGAAGAAUUUUGUUGUUGGUAAUGUUGGAUCUCUUUCAAACCCCUAUAGAAAACUAGUCCAGGCUUCUGAAUAGAACUUAGUUUUGAAGUAGACCCACAAGAUUCAUUCGUCCGAAUUUUCCGGGAAAACUACUGCUUUUUCUUUACCUUGUUGAAUCUUUUUCGCAAAGGAUGGAUCUUUUUGUGAACUCAUCUUGGCAGAAAUCGAACAGAUUUGAAACAGCUAUAUGGGCGUCGAAGCUUGUUCUUAUGUCCAUGGGGAUACUGUCCACUCUGUUGGUGUUGAAAGUGGCUGUAUUCCCAUUUACGUUUAACCUCGUCGUCUCCAUUUUUGCUCGUCUCUGGGUUUCUGCGAGAACCUUGCUUUCGCCGCCGUUUGUUUACGUCAUCGUCAACUUCAUCAUCAUCAUCAUUGUUGCUUCUUCCAACUUCCAACACAAAAGCUUGCCGUUAUCUGAUUCUCCACCAGAUAAUACCGAGCACACAACGCUGUCCGCCGCCAUUACAGAACACGAUGUGUCAGAUAGUACGACGCACCAACUCGUGCCAGAAAACCAGACCACUGACCCGAAUGAAGAAAAAGGAGUUGACAACGACGAAGAAGCAGAGGUUAAAGACUCUGUCUUGUCUCCGGCCAACGCGUCACCUGCGAAGAACGUAAGCAAUGAAUUCUCGCCGGAUUCUGAUGACUCACUUGAUGGAACGUGGAGGGCAAUCAUGGAGGGGAAGGGGAAGACGGUGACGCCGAUGCUAAAGAAGAGUGACACUUGGACGGCGACGAUUAGGAAAGCAGAGCCAUUGUUAAGCCAUGGAGAUGGUAAAGCAGGGGAUGGCGGCGGCGACGAAGACCACGACGACGGCGAUCCAGUGUCUUGGGCUAAGAGGGAAUUGAGAAAGUCUGAAACUUUCAAUGAUACGGCGUCGUUGAGGAGGGAGAAAUCGAUGAGCCCAGAAGAACUGUACAAGAGAGCAGAAGCUUUCAUAAAGAACUUCAAUCACCAAAUGAAAUUGCAGAGGCUGGAAUCUUACAGGCGUUUCACGGAAAUGGUGAAUGGAGUUUCUACUUAAUUAAUUAAAUAAUAAUUAAUGUGUUUAAUCACUUGAUCUUUCUUCCACCUUAAAAUUUGACCAAAUUUGAGAGUCUUUUGGAAGCUUUCCGACCUUUUGGAAGUUACAUGUUCCGAGUCUGUUUCAGUUUCAGUUCAAUUUCCUCACUGCAUUGCCAAUUCUCUGUUCUGUAGAAUCCUCGCUAUGAAUAUUAUUCUGUAAUCUCUGUACCAGACGAGACCUCUCCAAAAAUUAUAGUAUUACUCAUGUGGAAUCUAUCUAUGUAUAAAAUUCUAGAUUCUAUAUUA